UGCGUGCGUGUACUAACAUUUACUGUGGUUGUGAAUACGCAGGUUGCAAAGAGCGGUAUAUUUAAAUUAAUAGCAUGAUAAAUCAAAAUGAACUCGAUCGGUGGCCUACAAUUUUCUUGCAGUAUGAAAAUAAUUCUUACUCAAAAUUUAAGUUAGUGGGUUUAUGUGUAAUUAGAUAGUAAACAGUUGAAGUAGUUUGUUUUGAUUCAAAUUUCUUAAAAAAUGUUUUAAUUAUUAUUCAUUUAUGUUUGUUUUGCUAAAGAUGCUUUAAUUUUACACAACGGUUCAUGCAGUUAUGUUGCAUGUAUAACUGUGAUGUUUCUUAUUUUUGUUUUUCACCUGUCAUAAGCAGAAAGCUUGAAAACAGUGGGUUCCCGGAACUGAAUAGACAUUUUGUAUAAUUACCCAACGUUUUUGAUUGGACUUUGGCCGCUUUGGCUCAUAAUUAUCGGAAGAUUUUUUCCAUUGUUUUGUUUGUAAAUAUCCUUCCAACCAAACAGUUUUCUUAUUUUUCAGAAGACUACGUGUUUUUUGUUGUUGUUGUGUGUUUUAUCUAAUAUUUGUUUGUUUGUUUCAUCCAACACUUCACUUUCCCAUCAAUUUAAAUUUUACUUAAAAUGGCUUUCACUCAUGUGUUUACGUGCUAGAUAUUUAUACAAAUCGUACACACUAUAAACAUUUUAAAUUACAAAAUCCAGCAACAUUAAGAUCAAAUCUAAGUUAACUAUGAUGACAUUUUGUUUACAAUUCAGUCACAGUUUUUCCGUAGUAAAAUUACAAUAUUUAAGCAAAUUUGGGUAAUAAAUACCACUUCUGUGAUAAAAUUAAUAUUGUUCUUGAUGUACGGCUUAAUGUUGAUCGUUGAAAUCGUCACUAAAUAAAGAGAAGCAACGGCGCCAUCUAGUGGACGAUGCUAAUUCAACCGUUCACCGAGGAACUAAACCGCUGCUAAUGUUUCCUGACGGAGAACUUUCGCAGCUGCAUCAGCAUGUGUUGUGACAAUUUCUGAAGAGAAAUCUUUGCCUUCUCGUUGUCAGUGGCUUGUUUUGAUCUUUAAGUUAGUUUUUAAAAGUGAAAAACAUGUCGUCCUCUCCCGAGGUGGUUCUGGGUUUCCUUGAAGAAGCAGAACCGUGGCGACUUCAGUCUCCGCAGUUCCCCAGCAAGGUCGGAGGGAAGCCGGCGUGGCUCAGCCAGAGGGGCCUGCCCCUCCAGUCCGAUCUGGAGUGUGAGAAAUGCGGGCUGCCCAUGGUCUUCCUGUUGCAGGUGUACGCACCCAUUUCGGGUCAGGACAGAAGUUUCCACAGGACGCUUUUCCUGUUCUGCUGUAAAACUCCGGAGUGUUACUCCCACAACGACAGCCGCUGCUUGAAAGUUUUCAGAAGUCAGCUCCCCAGGAAGAACGAGUUCUACUCCUACGACCCUCCUCCAGAUGAUGAACCACAGACCGUCUCUAAAGAGGACGACAGCAUUUUAUCCGUCUCAGGAGUCAAGCUGUGCUGGGUGUGUGGUUGCCCUGGAAACAAGGCCUGCUCCCGCUGCCACUCUGUGACCUACUGCGGUAAACACCACCAGACCGUCCACUGGAAACACUCCCACAAGAAGGAGUGCCUCAGCGCAGCGCUGCCCUCGGCUGCUGCCUCUCUCUUCCUGUUCCCCGAGUCUGAACUCGUCAUCGAGCCUGAAGAGGGAGGGGAGGAGGGAGACGACGCACAGAGAGAAGGAGGAGGAGAAGAAGAACAGAGAAGUACUGAAGGUCCUUCCUUAGCUGACACUCUGGCAGAAGCAGAUCUGGAGGAGAUGGCGUUGCACGAGACUGAAGACAACAAAGUGUUCCAGCGGUUCAAGAAGAAGAUCGCCUCAGAGCCGCACCAGGUGAUUCGCUACAGUCGAGGAGGCCGACCCCUCUGGGUCUCUUCUAGUCACGUCCCUGCAGACGAGGACAUCCCACCAUGCACCUGCGGCGCCAACAGGGCCUUUGAGUUUCAGGUGAUGCCUCAGCUGUUAAACAGCCUCUGCGUGGACUCGACGGGAGCCAGCAUCGACUGGGGAACCGUUACGGUCUUCACCUGCUCCGCUAGCUGUAACCAUGGAGACCAGUACCGGUCGGAGUUCGUCUGGAAGCAGGACAUCAGCGCAGACCAACUGACUCAGCAUGGAAACACGUAGUACAGAUCUGUUGGCUUUAGUUCCAGAACAUAAAGCGCUCAAAUUAACCCAACAGCUUCAAGUUCUUUGAGAUAUAUAUAUUUUUUACUUCAAUUUAAAAAUAAAAUAAGCUGGUAUUUAAUGGAGCCAUACAGCAAAUAAUUCUAACAUUUUAUUGAAAACUUUACUUCAAAUGGAUAUGUUGUGAUAAUUUAGGUAUCCAGGUAGAGCUGGCUGAUAAAUCGAUUUUUAUCAAAAUUAAUUUUCUGUUUAACUUUUGGAAAAUGUAAUUUUUCCCCCCUAAGGUACUCUUUGGGUUUCAAUAUUUCAGAAUAAUAACUGCCAUCUUGUUUGACAAGUGUGCUUUACAGCUAUUUAUUUCAAAAGUAAAUUGAGGUCAACUCAUAGAAUGAUUGAUGCAAAAGACAGAUUUUUAAAAAUAUUUGUAUUUUUUUGUUAAAGGAAAAAAGUAAGCAGUAGAGACUAAAAUGAGCAAGUUUAAUAAAGAAAACUUGUUGUAAAAUCUGAGCUAUAUUUUAAGCCACAUCACCCAACCUUAUAUGGUGUAUUUGUUAGCUCAAAGUGUUACAUUUUAACAAUAUUUUAUACUGGACUUUAACUAGACCACUCCAAAAUCAAACUUUUUGAUCCAUUCAGGUCGGAUGUGCUUCAGGAUUUUCUGCCUUCUUCACUUUUGGUUAAUGGCUCUGACUGAUUUGUAAGUUUUGUAACUGCUAUAUGUAAAAAAUAAAUAAAAAUAAAACUUUCCUCACCCAUUUUGAAUUUACUUAGAUCAGGACAUGUUUUGCUUUUUUAAAAAUAUUUUAGCCUAUUUCACACUAAUUAGACUUGGAUGUGGUUAGUGAACCACACCAGAUGUUUUCCAUAAUUAACAAUUGUUUCAUCCACUUAGGUUAUUUUAAUAAGAAUUUGACUUAAUAAAAAGGAAGACGCAGCUUUAACUGUACAGAUUUAUUGUUGCAGAACAUCGACAACUUCAGACGAUUUGAAAACAUUUCCUGAUCUGUUCUGCUAAACGAGUCGAUACAUAAAUCUGAUUCGGACACUUUGAUUCAAACUAUGAAGCAAACAUUCAGCUUGUUGACAGAAAAACGUUUAAAUGGCUGCAGAGUUAAACUGUGUUCAAAACACAGGAAGCAGGAAAACAACCCAAAAUUUCACUUAAACGUCUUCAUUGGGGAAAUCUUCAAACUAAACCUCCACAUGGGCAAAAAUAGACAUUUAUAUACUAAAUAUGUAACAUUUUGCCACCAUAUUUAUGCUAGGCUUCAUUUUUCCUUCACAUUUAAAUCUUCGAGUCCCAAGUUGUCCUUAUUUGCUCAAACAGGAAUUAUCUGCACCCACCUCAAGGUGCCACUCACUUCUCUACAUUUAGAAUAUAAAAAAAAUAUGUUUAGCUCCAGUUUCACCAUUAAAACAUCUCUAUAUAAAUAUGACGACCCCUCUGUUUGACCUGAAGAGGACCAGAAGCUGCAGAGCCAACUAGCAACUCGGUUUAAAUCACUUUUACUUCAACUACAAACACGGAAACCGACUUCAGCGUUUGGUUGGAACAAACCUAAAAUCAUAAAUCAGGAUUCAAAGAUGGAGGCUUAAACGUCAGGCUGGCCGAUUUCAACACAAAGUAGCACAAUUUCAGACGUGAGCAAAGAAAAUGCUAAAAAAUGGCAGCAUAGAAAAGUAGUUAAAACAUUUUAAAAUGAAACCAGGAACAGUCCCCUUCAGAGUGUUUCUCCGUUCAUCAACAAUAUCUUACAUUUUCUUACAAUCCUAUGUACAAAUCAGGGAUGUGAUGAUGCACUGGAAACUACAGGAAAUAUGGAAAUGAUUUUAACCAAGACGGCCUGUAAAAUCUUCUUUAAAAAUUCUUUGGGGAUGAAAAAAAAAA